AUGACUUUUGAGACUGUUUGCAAAAGCUUAAGAAACAAUUAUGACAUGUUCACAAGGAAGGAAUAUAGCAAAGGAGAUUCGAGGUACGCGGCAAGGGAUGCAGGGAUAGUAACUGUUGAAAUACUAACAGCACUUUUGGAAGGUCCAGCUAGUCUUCUUGCAGUAUAUGCAAUAGCUACUGGAAAAUCAUACAGCUACAUUCUUCAAUUUGCAAUUUCUUUGGGCCAGCUGUACGGAAUUGCUGUAUAUUAUAUAACAGCGAUUUUGGAAGGCGAUAAUUUUUCUACAAAUUCAUUUUACUACUAUGCAUACUUCAUUGGAGCAAAUGUCCCUUGGAUUGUAAUACCCUCGAUCAUCUCCAUCCGCUGCUGGAGGAAGAUUGUUGCUGCGUUUCAAGUUCAAAGCCAAACAAAAAAGACUAAAGUUCGUUGA